CUUGUCUUUAACUACAGAACUACAGACUAAAAUGAUGACGUAAUCGUCAUCUUUCGUGAUUUCGACUAUAUUCGCCACAUCAGUGUGGGAGCGGUUUAAUGACAACGCCAAAUAAAAAAUAUCAUGCAACCACAGACUACUAAAGAAUUCUUUAGUAGUCUGUGCAUGCAACCGAACUUUUAUGAUCGAACGAUCAAACUGUCAAAAAAGUAUGUUUUGUGGUUGUUGUUGAUGACUGUUUUUCUUUUUUCUCAUUCCAGAUUGGAAAUGGAAAUUCAAAAAAAUCAAAAGUAGUGCUUUGGAAGGUGGUACUUGAAUGCGUUUUCAGUGUAGUUGAUGAGAAACAUUAUAUAAUUCGCCAUGGCGGAUCCUCUAAGUUUAUUGCGUCAGUAUAACGUCAACAAAAAAGAAAUUAUUGAAAAAGAUGGGCACAUCAUUUUUGGGGAGUUUUCUUGGCCAAAGAAUGUUAAAACUAACUACCUUAUGUAUGGGUCUGGAAAAGAAGGACAUCCAAAGGAAUACUAUACUUUAGAAUGUCUCCUGUUCAUUCUCAAAAAUGUAUCACUUACCCAUCCUGUGUACGUACGACAAGCUGCCGCUGAAAAUAUACCAGUUGUGAGGAGACCCGAUCGUAAAGAGUUACUUGCAUACCUCAAUGGCGAAACAGCUAGCUGCCCAGCAAUUGAUAAAAGUGCUCCUUUGGAAAUACCAACACAGGUUAAGAGAUCUGCAGAAUACGAUGGUCCAGAAAGUUUGGCUAAAAAACCAAGGUUUGAAGAUACCCAUGUACAGAAAGUUAGGGAAAAGUUAGCUGCUAAGCUAGAUGGACCUAAAGAGGCCUCUGUAACUGUUGAUAAUAUCAAAUCACUUUCUGAAGCUAUGUCAGUAGAAAAAAUAGCUGCAAUCAAAGCAAAACGUUUGGCUAAAAAGAGAACAACAAUCAAGGGGAAUGAUGAUAUUGACCAAGAACAUGAUAUUAGAGCUAUAUUGGAUUUAGAUGUAGAUAUUACAAAAGAUAUUAUCAGCAGAGAAAGGCAGUGGAGAACCAGAACAACAAUCUUACAGUCUACUGGAAAAGUUUUUGCAAAAAAUAUCCUAGCAAUGUUGCACAGUAUAAAAGCUAGAGAAGAAGGUCGAAUGAGGCCAUCUCAGCAACCUCCCCAGGUGACUCCUAGACAAACACCAAUAAGACCAACAGCACAACCCUCUGUGUACAACAGAUAUGAUCAGGAAAGAUUCAACAGACAAAAAGAAGAGACGGAAGGUUUCCAGAUCAAUACCAUGGGCACAUACCACGGUAUGUCCCUCAAAUCCGUGACAGAGGGAUCUGCAAAAGCAAACAGACCUCAACCAGCUCAGCCUCAAGCACCAUUGCCAGUGAGUGCUGCGAGACCGCCACCUGGUACUGGGCCCCAGAAGAGGGUAUCCAGAACCCCUAUUGUGAUUAUACCCGCUGGUACAAAUUCGCUCAUCACAAUGUACAAUGUCAAGGAUAUCUUACAAGACUUGAGAUUUGUCACUCAAGAGCAGAAAAAGGCUCAAGGCGGCAAAAGAGAUAAUGAAGUAUUGGUCCAUCGCAUACGUAACGGGGUGUCUGUUCCAUAUAGGGUGGUCGACAAUCCGGCCAAAUUAUCUCCUAGCGAUUGGGACAGAGUGGUGGCAGUGUUUGUCAUGGGACCCGCCUGGCAGUUCAAAGGUUAUCCAUGGGAUACACCCGUCGAAAUCUUUGAUAAAAUUGCUGCCUUCCACCUGAAAUAUGAUGAAAUGAAAAUGGACCCAAAUGUCGAGAAAUGGGCUGUGACUGUCAUCCAACUAUCCAGGACAAAGAGGCAUUUAGAUCGAGCCGCACUAAUGGUGUUUUGGGAAAAAUUGGACAAGCAUAUCGUGCAACACAAGCCACAUCUGAGGUGGUAAUUUGUACAGGAUUGAAAUUCAUUAAGGUUCAGUACUUUUAAGAACAAAUUUUAUAAAUCAUGAAGUCUCAAUUUCAAUGUCAAUGACCAUCAAUCAUUUCCCUUAUAGUUGUGAAAGAUUAAAAUUAUGUUAAUGAAAUAUUUGAUUAUAGAAAUAAAAACAUAAAAACUCUGUUUAUAAUAUAUGAUGAGGUUUAUUUGUUAUGUGGCCUACCAACAACACAUUGAAUACCAAGUAAUAUGGUGGUUGGCUAUUGGUUUAUGAAGUCGGUCUGAAAAGUUUCCGAACUAACAAAGAUACAAGACAUUUUUUCUAUUUUUUAUUUUUCAACAUAGUCUCCUUGUAACUCUACACACUUCUCCAAGCGAUGCUCCCAUCUCUGUAACCCGUCCAAAUAGUACUCCAAGGUGAAAAUGUACCGUUUGCAAAAGAGGCGAAAUAUCUAGGAAUAAUCUUAGAUAAAAAACUAAACUGAAAUUCGCAUCUGGAAGCAGUCCUUAAGAAGGCAAUGAUCUCGCUAUGCAACUGCCGAAGGGUCUGUGGAAAGAACUGGAGAAUGAAGCCUAAACAAAUGUUUUGGCUUUAUAUCAUGGUCACUAGAACUAUGAUAACCUAUGAUCUGUAGCUUGGUGGGGCAAGGCAGCAUAGAGAACUGUCCAAGCCAAACUGAGCACAAUACAGAGAGAAGUUUGUAUGUUGAUCACUGGUACCUUUCAUACCACACUAACUGCAGCUGUGGAGGUCCUUGUUAAUUUACCUCCUUUGCACAUAUACCUGGAAGGCGAGGCAAGAAGGAUAUCUUAUAACUACAUCAUGUGGCAAAUGGUAUAAUGGACAAUAUUACUAUGGAAGACACGGACAUGCUGGUGAACUUACCAAACCACCCCACCUUCUGAUAUAAUGUCAAAGAUAACAAGAUAUGCUAAACCCUACUUAGUGACAAUUCCACACAGGAAUGAUUGGGAACAGCAAGUUAGCCUGAUAAGGAAAGAUAUAGGUAUGUGCAUACACAGAUGGCUCCAAGACUGAGAUAGGUGUUGGAGCUGGUAUCUUCGUGCCGAAGCUAAAGAUUAAAAAAUCUGUUGGCCUAGGAAACUGGGCAACGAUCUUCCAGGCAGAGCUAUAUGCUAUAGAACUGGGUGCCAGAAUGAUCGCAGAACGAUAACUAAGACACAGAACUAUAAUUUUUUUUGUCAGCUAGUCAAGCCACACUUAAAGCACUUGACUCGACCUCGAUAUUAGUGUGGAAUUGCAAAGAAGCUCUCGCUGGCAUAGGGGAGGGAAAUAAAGUCCGCCUCAUAUAGAUACGAGGACACACAGGUCUAGAGGGAAACGAGACAGCUGACACUCUGGCAAAGAGUGGGGCUAGCACACCAUUCAUAGGGCCUGAGCCAGCGAUUGGGAUCACAUACAAUAAGGCUAUAAAUAUUGGGAGGGAUUAGCAGGGUUAACCCAUGCUAAGGCAGCUAUACCAAUCUUGACAAAGAAGGUAAUAGACUCUGCUACGGCUGAACACAAAUAGCCUUAAAGCUCUAGUUGCACUGUACACUGGUCAAUCCAAAUUGCGUCACCACAUGAGCAGACUGUGCACGGAGGGAGAUGAAAUGGUCAGGCAUGUAUUGUGCAGAUGCCCUGCAAUUGCCAGAAUCAGGUACAACAUACUUGGAGACAUAGUACUCCCAGUAGAAGACCUGAAUUAUAUUUCUCCAAACAAGUUAAUCGACUUCCUCAGGAGGUCGGAGCUACUGGGGUUAAUAUAAAUAGGUGUGACCCACAAUAGACCAGAGUCGCAGUGGAGGAUCGUUAUUGAUGCACUCACAAGAAACCUAACCUAACCUAACUCCGUUGUUAUUAUAUAACUGCGGAGGAAAUGGCGACCGACGACUUCCGGUAUAAGUAGUCAGGGUCUCUUCGGGAUGACUGACCAAAAUCGGGUAACCAAUCCCCAUGACGGAAAUCAUUCUGCGAGAGGAUUUUGACAGCGUCUAUCCGAAGGUGGGCGGCUGUCAAGGGGUAGACCGGCCUCCUUGAGCCGUGGCGCAGGCAGUCGGUCUAGGGGCGCUGACCCGAACAAGAUAGCAUGACCCCAAGGAGCCACUUCAGGUCCAUUUAAGAUAAUCAACACGCAAAAAGAAGGUGGUAGACAAGGACCAGUCGAAGAAAUAAAUUAAUUAUGAAUGAUGAAGUAUCUCUCGAGUACUAAGAAUUCUCGACGUAAACUCACUCCACUCUCGGAAUGUCCGGGUAGAUGGUGGACUCGAGGAAACAACAUCGAAGAUAAAAUUUGUUUCACGAACAUCUGCGGGAUUAACAUGCUUUUCUUGGCGGAGACAAAAUUCUCAGAGUUCACCGAUUAACCAUCUUAGCUUCCCAAAUUACGAGGUGCACUCCAAUCUGAGAAAGAUCGGAUGAGUUGUGGCUUUUGUCCGCUCCAGA